GGGUGCGGUGGGGCGGUGAGGGGGGGUCCGUUCGUAGUACUCCAGGCCCUGAUGUCACUGGCGCGGCAAGGACAUCGCGAGGAGGAGUCGGGUUACGGGAAGGAUGGGCAGCGCGGCGCACGGCCGGGGCGCACGCUCCAGCCGCGGGGGACCGUAGCGGGAAGGCAGGAACCUGCCCGCCCGGGAGGAGGCACGCGCGGCGCUGCUGCUCGCCACGCCGGGGACGUCUGCACCGACCGUGGCUCCGCUCGGCGUGCCGGGCCUGGGUGCGAGCGGAGGGUGGAGACGCCGAGGUGGGGCUCCGGCGGGCGGAUGAAUGAGAAGCAUAAUGUAUUUCGGUGGAACCUGCCAGAGUCCUGCCCUCCCAGCCCUGGUCCGCCCACCAGCCCCUCCUCUGCAACCAUCCUUGGAUAUUAAGCCCUUUCUGCCCUUUGCACUGGACACUGCGGCCGCGGCAGUCAACCUCUUCCCCAAUUUUAAUGCGAUGGACCCUAUUCAGAAAGCUGUGAUCAAUCACACAUUCGGGGUUCCCCUUCCUCAUCGGAGAAAGCAAAUCAUCUCAUGCAACAUUUGCCAGUUGAGAUUUAAUUCCGACAGCCAGGCUGCGGCCCACUACAAAGGCACGAAGCAUGCCAAGAAGCUCAAAGCCCUGGACGCCAUGAAAAGUAAGCAGAGAUCUGUCAGUGCCAAGGACAGCGCAAAGACUGCCUUCGCCUCCCUCACAGCCAUCACCACCAGCUCUGACAAAACAGACAGUACCGCAGGCACACCAGCAAUAUCAACGACCCCGAGUGUGGAAACGCGCAGGACCAGUACUAUGACAACGGAGGUCGCUUCUAAAGUGGAAAAAAGUUCCCCCGCAGCCACUGGCAACAGCGCGUGUCCUUCCACAGAGACGGAGGAGGAGAAGGCAAAGCGGCUGCUUUACUGUUCUCUGUGCAAGGUGGCUGUGAACUCCGCCUCGCAGCUGGAGGCCCACAACAGUGGUACUAAGCACAAAACCAUGUUAGAAGCCCGGAAUGGAAGCGGGACGAUCAAAGCCUUUCCUCGGGCAGGAGUGAAGGGCAAAGGACCUGUUAAUAAGGGAAACACGGGCCUCCAAAACAAAACAUUUCACUGUGAAAUAUGUGAUGUGCACGUCAACUCAGAAACACAACUCAAACAGCACAUUAGCAGUAGAAGGCACAAGGACAGAGCUGCCGGGAAGCCCCCCAAACCCAAGUACAGUCCCUACAGCAAACUACAGAAGGCGGUACAUCCACUGGGGGUAAAAUUGGUAUUUUCAAAAGAGCCUUCAAAGCCAUUGGCCCCCAGAAUUCUUCCAAACCCACUGGCGGCUGCAGCCGCUGCAGCCGCUGUGGCUGUGAAUUCUCCCUUCAGUCUGCGAACUGCUCCAGCAGCCACGCUCUUCCAGACCUCAGCCCUCCCUCCAGCCCUCCUGCGCCCGGCUCCUGGACCCAUUCGGACCGCCCACACCCCUGUGCUCUUUGCUCCCUACUGAAUUCUAAACAGGAGGCAUUGUACUGCAAUAAUUUUUCAAAAAACAAAA